GGCCACGUGAACAAAUCGCGUCGUCUAAAUUCCCGUUCAGCUGCUCGCAGCUCGGAGUGAGCGGCAGCCCCCCCCUGAAAGCGGAGUGGGAAGUAAUAACGGCAGGCUGAACGGGAGCAGUGUGCAGGUGCUGAACCCUGCCUGCUCUGACACCGCGUGACUCCAGACUGGCUGAUAGACACUGAAAGGAAAAAAAGUGGACAGAUAAACAGAUAGGAGGACAGAAGGAGAAGAACAACCUCUUGUAAAGUGGUGGCCAGAGUGACAAAGGAGCACAUGAGGAGCGGAAACGAAGUGACAUCAACUUCCUGACCGGUAACCUUUUUUUUGCACCCCACUACGCGCCCGGCAACUCCAGAAGUGGGCGUCAGCAGGAAGGAAACAAGUGACCACUCCUCCUGCAGGCAUGAGGUCCUUCCGCUCAUUUAGUAACGAUGACCGCCACGUGAUGGCGAAGCACUCCACCAUCUACCCCUCCUCUCACGAGCUAGAAGCGGUUCAGACGCUGGUGUCCACUGUGGAGUGCGCCCUCAAACACGUCUCCGAUUGGCUGGAUCAGAGCAGCAGCGGCGACGUCCACAACCAGUUUGACAGCCAACCAGCAGACAGCACAGAGGAGGACGACCCUGGUGAUGAGCCCAGUGAUGAAACCGAGGAGUCCAACGAGUGCUACAGGGAAUCCAGCAGCGGCGGCGUGCUGUGUGGAGUGAUGAGGAUCGGCCUGGUGGCCAAAGGACUCCUGAUCAAAGGCGACAUGGACCUGGAGCUGGUGUUGAUGUGCAGAGACAAACCCACACAGACACUGCUGGACACUGUCUGUCACAAUUUACCCACACAGAUUGAGAAGCUGACAGAAGAGAAAUAUGAGGUCACAAGCUCCUUGCCCGAGGCGGCCAUCUUGGUACAAACUACAACAGAGCCUAAACUCACACUGAAGAUUACCCUCACCUCACCGGCCAUGAGGGAAGACGAGGAUGAAGAAGAGGAAGAAGAGGAGGAGGAGGAGGAGGAAGAGGAGGAGGAAGGGGCGAUGCUGGAGAAUGGGGAGGAAGGAGAGGAACAGGAGCAAGAGGAGGAGGUGGAGGAAGAAGAGGAGGAGCAGGAAAAGAAAAAUGGUCAAGUGUUGGGUGCUGCUGCGCACAGAGUGGAGGCUGAGGAGGAGGAGGAGGAGGGGGAGGUGCUGGAUAGACACAGAUGUCUGUUGGCCCUGGCAGCGCUGCGACACGCCAAGUGGUUCCAGGCUCGAGUGAACGGACUCAAGUCCUGCGUUAUCGUUCUCAGGAUACUAAGAGACAUGUGCAAUAGACACUCCAUCUGGGAACCUCUCAAGGGAUGGCCCUUAGAGCUGAUCUGUGAGAAGGCCAUCGCCACCUGCAACAGACCUCUCGGGGCAGGAGAAGCUCUGCGUCGAGUCAUGGAGUGCCUGGCCUCCGGCAUACUGCUACCAGGUGGUCCAGGUUUACACGACCCAUGUGAGAAAGAGCCAACAAACACACUCGCCAACAUGACCGACCAGCAGGCUGAGGCCAUUACCUACAGCGCACAGCAUGCUCUCAGACUCAUGGCGUUCGGACAGAUCUACAAGGUGUUAGAGAUGGAGCCUCUUCCCUCAAAUAAACCAUCACAGAAAUAUCCGUGGUCUGAUAAAGAAGGCUUGGGUCUGAAGAGGCCAUAUGAGGAUGGAGCGAUGGAUGACAAGGACCUCAUCAAGAAGAUGAAGAGGAAUCUGAGGAAAGUUCUGGACAGCAAAGCCAUAGACUCUAACCAGCCAAUGAACGCCCUGAUGCGAUUGAACCAGAUCCGGCCGGGGCUGCAGUAUCGCCUGCUGUCCCAGUCGGGGCCGGUUCACGCUCCGGUCUUCACCAUGUCGGUGGAUUUGGACGGAACCAUUUAUGAAGCGUCUGGAUCCUCCAAGAAGACCGCCAAGCUGCACGUUGCUGUCAAGGUCCUCCAGGCGAUGGGCUACCCGACAGGCUUCGACUCGGACCUGGACCCCAUGAGUUCAGACGAGAAGUCGGACAGCGAGGGGAAGAGCGAGACGUCCUCACACACAAGCAAUAACCCAACACACUCCUCGGACAGUUCCAACACACUGGAGGUGCGAACUCAGGGUCCCAUACUGACGGCGAGUGGGAAGAAUCCUGUCAUGGAGCUAAACGAGAAGAGACGAGGCCUCAAGUACGAGCUCAUCUCUGAAAGUGGAGGUAGCCAUGACAAGCGCUUUGUUAUGGAGGUGGAAGUUGAUGGACAGAAGUUUCGUGGGGCAGGCCCCAAAAAGGUAGCAAAGGCCAGCGCUGCUCUAGCGGCUCUGGAAAAACUCUUCUCUGGUCCCAACGCAGCUGCUAACAAGAAAAAGAAGAUAUUGCCUCAGACUAAAGGAGCCCUGGCAGCGGCAGCAGCAGCCUCAGCAGUAGCAGCUCAGGUAGCCAGAGGGAGAGGAAGGGCAGCGCUCGCCAGAGGAGCCUUCGUCAGUGCAGCUGCACCUGGAUAUGUCACGCCAGGCUUUGGGACACCGUAUGGCUACAGCCCUGCUGCAGCAGCUGCUCCUGCGUACGGUUUGCCCAAGAGAAUGCUUCUGUUGCCUGUCAUGAAAGUGCCCGCCUACCCCGUCCCCCACUACCACUUCUUUUAGCACAGGAGACACACAAACCAAAUGCACCUAGACUUUUUCUAGAAGGGAAACUCAGUCAGUUUUUUCUCCACUAUCAGUGAUGAAGAGAUGAUUACGGACUUGAGAUGAAGAUUUUUAAAAGCGCUUUUUUUGUUGUUGUUUGCAUUUUUUGUUUUGUUUUCUUUUCUUACUGUUUCCAAAAACCUUUUAUGAAACAUAAAAAAAUGCAGGUUUAAGUUCUUAUGAGAUAAAGAAAAACUUGAAGGAUUUCUACUGUGAAUUGUUACCUCAUGCUUUGAGUCUAAAUUAUAUGCAGUCUAUCAGCCGUUUAUGUUGUUCAUUCUGUGCUAAGAAGAGAAGAUCAUUUGCAGUAUGACACACAUGACACGCAUACUCUGUGUACAAAGAAAAUAAUAAUUUGAGCUGUGUGAAAGAUGUAUAGGAAUAAAACAAUAAUGCUGAAAAAUGAAUAAAGUUUAUCUCCAAUAAAAGCUGAA